CCGCGGUACAUUGGUCAUGUCCCGGAUAUGAAACGGUCCGCACCAAUUGUAACAAUCGCUGACCUUUGGGAAUUGUCAGCAUGGUCAAGUCGCUCAAGAGCCACACUUCAUCGCUGGACACACUUUCCUGGCGCGACGGUAUACAUUCUCAGGACAUACAUUACAUGGGCCCUCUGGGCUUCCUGUCCGGCUUUGUGAAGCUGUCUCACGUCGAAGCUCCCCUAGCUGUACUCGCACAGCAAACCCACGACAUCAAUAUCACCGUCGAAAGUAUAGUCGCGAACCUGCCGCGUUCAGUACAGGUGUUGACGAUGAACGUGAUUCACGAUGGAAUAGCAUACUACCAGAAAUGCCUCGACUAUAUGGCUUGGAACUUCGGCGAUUAUCUACCUUCGCUCCGACAAGUGAAGGUGAUAUACCACAGCCUAUUGACCCCGCCCGUGUACGAAUGGGAGAAACUCGGGAAGCUGUUGACUGACCGAGGCAUCCUCUUCGAGUUUAUACAUUCAAUAUCAGAGGAGGAAGCAGAUGGCGAGGGAAAUUGGGCUCCGUAUGUCACCAGGGACGAUUCGGCUUCAUCCGACUCGUCAGGCUAUGAAGAAAGCCUGUACUCUGAAUAGGAUGAAGGCCUAUCAAGGGCACAACGCAUGGUUCUCGCUUCACGAUCCCAGAAUCAUCACGCAUUCAUUCCCAGCGCAACAAGUGGCUUCGCAGGGUUAGUGCAAAGCAGUUUAUGAGGUGUUGACCGACCGGCGA